ACUGUAUCGAGAAAAUGGCGGGCGAGUUCAAGAUAGAUAUUGCUCGCGCGAACCGACUGUUGCCGAGGCCAUAGUGAUUGGAAAUGCCGCGCACAAGCGCGUUCUGUAAGACUGUCCGGUCUUUAGAUGAUUUGGUACACCUUGAUCCAGUGGAAAAACAGUUUGUUACCCAAGCAACUGUAGGUUUACACAGACUUUAUAAACAGAUUAGUACUGGUAACAGUCAAGGUACCCAAUAUUCAAGCAAUAGAACAGAUGAACAGGGAAGAUUCAAGCCAGUUAUUGAUGAUGUUUUGGCAAAUAGAUAUCAAAUCAAGAAAACAUUGCAAUCUCAGGGUCAAUCAGCAGUUAUUGUUAAAGCUAAGGAUUUAUAUGGUGAGGAAGAGGAUGUGAUAAUAAAAAUAUUACAUGUUGUAUAUUAUAAGAUAGGUAUACAGGAAACACAUUGUUUGUUACGUCUACAAUCAACAGAUCAUUGCAAUUCAUUACAUAUAGUUAGAUUAAAGACAACUUUCAAAUAUGGUCCACAUUUUUGUAUGGUAUUUGAAGCUUUGAAUCCUGAGCCAAUUACAGUGACUUUUUCAAACAAAACUUGGAGUGUUUCAAAGAAAUUAUGUGAAAUACGGAAAUUAACGUUCAAACUACUACAAAUAUUGAGUUGUCUCAAACAGCAAAAUACGAUACAUGCUGAUUUAAAACCUGAAAAUAUUCUUCUUCAAAAUGAGGAUGACAUGCAUUCUGUAAGAGUGAUAGAUUUCGGUAAUGCUAUUCACCAUGUACAUAAAGAAGUUUCCUUGUAUUAUCAGAACUUUGAACUUCAGACCCUUCUGUAUAGAGCACCAGAGGUAAUGUAUGGUAUACCAUUUGGAUCCGAAGUAGAUAUGUGGUCUCUUGGCUGUAUUUUAGCUGAAUUAUUUCUGACGGUUCCACUUUUUGAUGGUAAAAAUAAAAAUGAUAUUCUAAAUAAGAUAUCAGAAUUAUUAGGACCAUUUCCGUCGGAUAUGUUUCAAAGAGGAAAAUUUUACAAUGAAUUUCAUCAGUUUAUCGGAAAAUAUCAACAAGCUGACGCAACAUUGAUAUUGUUAAAACAUCUAAAUGGUUGCUAUGACUACACAUUUGCAAAUUUUUUAUGUGGUUUAUUGAAGUAUGACCCUGAUGAACGAUUGACACCAAUACAAGCUCUACAACACCCAUUUUUAGGCUCUGAAUUUAAUAUGGGAGUUAAUUUACAGGCUAAAAGUUGUUUAGAGAAGUCAUUUCCUUUGAAGUCUGACCUCUACCAUGAACGCCCAAGAAUAUCUUCAGAAAUUAGACGUCAAAAUCCAAACUCUUACGAUCUUCUAUGUCUAGGAACAUCUAGUCCUGAGCCUGAUGUGAGAGUAGCAGUUAUUUGUCCAGUCGUCAAAAGACCAAAAGCAAAUAAAAGCAGGACAAGAAUUCAACAAAAUACCCACUCAAACAGCAGCACAAAUUCUUUCAUUCCCAUUAAUAGACAAGAUGAAUUGUUAGAAGAAUUUCAAGUGUGGUCUCGAGAAUUCAAUGGUAACACAAGAACUAACCAGCUCUCUCCACAUGUACCUGAAGAUGAAGAUAACGAUAGAAUUAGAGUUGAACUAAUGGAGCAAGGCAGACAGCAAUCGGAAUUUGAAAUACUCAGCAGACAAGUUACCAGUUCAAAUCCAAAGGUGUCAAACAAGAAAAUUGAAAGAUCAAAUAUAACAAAGAAACAUGAUAUUGAUAAGCAAGCCAAAGUUUCAGGAAAUUGCUGUCCUGGGAAUGAUGGCAUUAUUAGAUCCAAUUCAGUACCUGCGUCCAGGAACAUAUCAUCAACAAACAAUCCUAAUCAGAAUGAAGAAGGCAUCUGUUCAGAUAAAUGUAUAUGUGUUAAUUUAGGCUCCUUCAAAGAUACUAUAAACAUUUCUUUAAACUGUGCUUCCCAUAUAAACCCCAAAGCACAUAAAAAUGAAAUUGGUAGCAGAGUAUCAUUUGAUAAGUUUAGACGAUAUGAGACCUUAAGAAUGUGUUGUGAUCAAACAAUUGAGUUACCUGAAGAAAUAAGUUCACCAGAUCAAACUUCAAAGUCUAGAACUGAAAACAGACCAUUUAUGAAAGUGUUCCAGAAUCAACAAAUGAGUGGUAUGUUUUCGAAUAGUUCUUGUAAACACAUUUUGGAAAAUGAAAGAGGAGGAACCAAUUCUGUUAGGAAGAGACAGAUGACCAGAGAUUCCCAAGACUUUAAAAGAUGUUCUUCUAUUGAAUGGGAUGAUAAUGACACAAGAAGGGGACUUGCUUUUGGAAAUUGUGACUCAAGAGAUGACAAGAGGGCAAAAAUUUGUUCAAAACCUUCUUGUGAUAACUCAACAAUUAAUAACAGAAGACAUUCCUGUUUGAAUACUGCUGCAUAUUCAAGAUCUGGUGAGAGAAAUAAGUUACAUCGAAAUCAUUUUGAAAAUGCCAUGAUGGAUCAAAAGAAAAGAUGUCACAAAUAUUCAGAGAACCACAAAAUAGAUGAACAAUGUUUUGCCGAUGGACAUACUUCUGGAGGCCAAACAGUGUACCCAAGAAGACAGGUGAUUUCUUCAGAGUUUUGUGAUGAUAACAUAGUAUAUCACAAAACAUAUCACACGAAUUCUUUGAAAGAUUCCAGGAACUCCACAAAAGACAAACUGACGAGACACUGCUCUUCUGGAAGUAAUUCUGAAAUCUCACCAAAACAAAAAAAUACUUAUUCUAAUGCUUACCCAGAAGACCUAAUAGCGGAUCAAAGCACAAUUACACAUACUGCUUUUGAAUCUGAUUCUGAAAACUCUUCAUUUAGUAUUAUGAAAGAAGACAGACUACCAUCAGCAGUCAAUUCUUCUUCAGACACAGAUGAGGCAAAUAUUGAAGGGACAUAUUUUUUCAUAGAAAAUGAAGGAAAAUCAUUGACUAUUGAUAAUAGAUCAAAAAUAACAGAUCAUCAAAUACAAAAUAAACAUAAAGAAGCAUCAACACUUCAUAAACGGAAUUUACCCCAAGAAACAUUCCCAUUGCAAUCCUCUAUCAUGUAUGGCGACCCAAAAGUAUCUCCAGCUACUCCCAGUGAACGAUCUGGCCUACACAAUAAGAAUAUUUUUGAAAUGGAUCAAUCUGGUAUUGUAGUUGCUUCAAGGAAACGGAACCACCACAAAAGUGCUAAUACAGUUCUUUCAGGGCCUCUUCUGUCCCAAACAGUUACUUCAUCCAAAUCAGCUAUAAACGAACCUUUCAUAGAAUUGGGCCCAACAGAAUCAAAUUCAAAGACAAUAACUAAUCAGCAUAAAAAGACGAUUACACCUAAAGUAAAAUCUUUUAUUAAAAGGCCCAGGAUAUCAUAUUCUUGUGAGGCAAUUGUUUUAGGAAACACCAAAGACGUUGAUAGAAAAGAUGGACAAGCACAGUUGUCUAUUGAUAGGCACCCAGCUGUUGGUCCCUCCCAAACAACAACUGGGAAGUCACAUAACUAUCAUGUUAGAACUAAGAAUGCUAUUGAUUUAGUUAAAAAUGAUUCUGAUUCAUCUGGUGACACAGGCCAGUGCCCACCUUCAUAUACAGCUUCGACAAGAAAUAAUUUACCAGGACGAUCACAAAACAUCAGUUCUCAUGCUGCAGUUAAAAAUGAAUCUUUUGGCAGUCCCUUGAAAUUGCACAAACGUGGUUGCCAUGUAGAAGUAUUACCAAAAAGAACUCCCAUUGAAAGGAACUCCCUUUACACUAAGUCUGUAAAUAUUGGAAGUAAAAAUAACAUAGAUUCGUCUAUCAAGGAGGGUUCAAAAUACAGGAGACUAAAAUCUAUAUACAACUCUUCAGAAUACCACAUUGUGAACUGUGAGGAUGAACAGAUGUUGAUGCAUCCAAACAUCCGAAUUAAAAAUAAUGGUUCUGUUUUGGAGAGCAGUGACACUUCACAUAUUACUCCAAGACCUUUAAGAAAACGGAUAGAAAGCAAGUCAAAAGAAUUGGACCCAAAUGUUGCUUUAUAUGGAAACUGUGUUUAUUAUGCUCAGAAUUUAUACAAACAUAUAAGCUGAUAUUAUUUUGGUGGGUCCAAAUUAAAUUAUUCAUGCAGUAUUACAAGAUAAUUUAGUCAUUAGCAAUGAAGUUGUAUACAAACCAGAUUUAUUAAUUGCUCCCCGCCUUUCAGAGAAAACAGUAUCAUUGAAAUGUGCUUGUCUGUUCAUCUGUCUGUGACACCUUUUGGAAAACAAUAACUCUGUUUAUAAUCCCUCCCCACCAACACCCCAAAAAACACAUUGUCUCAGUAGCCUGGGAAACCUUGUGAAAAAUUUCCUGGAUCCACCCCUGUUUACUGGUCUUACUUAAAAUUCUAUAUCCCGGUAAAAUUACAAUUUUGAGCAUUUUCUCAUUGUGAAAAGAUAAAAGUCAACGAGGCAAAAUCUUAUGAGUGUGUGGUAAUUUGCCAAUUGAACAAUAAAACUUGCACUGUCAGUACUAUGCAAAUUAAUUUUUUUUUUUCAACUCACUUGAGGCAAAGCCGGUUUAACUGACAGGACAGGAAUUAUUAGUGAGCAGAAAUUCGGCCCUGUAUCUGUUAUCACUCGUCACAUCAGUCAGUUAUAUAGAGGUAUGACUUGUGUUCCUUUGGCGUUCGUCACUUCCAAUUCAGGAAACCUGUAUUACUCAGCUAUCGUAGCAAUGAUCUCUGUGUUAAAAUUUUAUUUGGAAAGUGUUUAAUUAGUUCUAUCACAUAUGUGAUAAUGACUGACACCAAUAUUGUCCUUUAAUUGAUCUCACAUAUGAAUCAAAUCUGUUUUAAGAAUCAAAAUGAACUAAUCGAUGGUUUAAAAUAUUUUAAUGAAUUAUUGUGAUGUCAAAAGUAAGAAUUAACUUAUAAUUUUUCAUUUUUUUGAUGGUGAUAAAUUAAUUUAAAAGUUUAAUUUGUUUUGAGAGAGAUUUUAGAUAUCUUGUUUCUUUCAAAUUUGUUCCAGACAUAUAUUAUUACUUUUUAGGAAUGGAUUCAUAUUUUCACACUUUAAAUGUAGAGUGUAAAAAUGUUCAAGAUUGCAAUAGAUAUUAAAUAUAAAAUUAUUAUAAUUUUAUAGAAUAGCUGAUUGUAACUUAUAAAAUAUUCAGAUAAUAUUUGUGGCAUAAAAUGUAAGAACAAAGCUUCUAUAGAUCUGAUCUUUUUCAUUAGGUAAAUGAUAAAAACGGUCAAAUCAUCCUUUUGAAUAUAAUAUAUAUUACAUAGUAGUAGUUAUCAAUAGAAUUGUGUAUUUGAUAUCUAUAAAUUUGUGCCUUAUGUCUGUAGCAUUAGUAUUUUGUUAUUCAUAAACUUGUGUCCUGUUAUGUCUAUAGCAUUAGUGUUUGUUGUAUACAGCAUUAGUAUUUGAUAUCUAUAAAUUUGUGCUAUAUGUCUAGUAUUUUGUUAUUCAUAAAAUUGUGUCCUGUUAAUGUCUAUAGCAAUAAUGUUUGUUAUCCAUUAAAUUGUGUCCUGUAAUAUGUUGAUGAUAUCAGUUGUUAUCCGUAGAAUUGUAUUUGGCAGUGGGUUCCGUUUUCAAUCGGAUUAUUUAUAAUAAUGCUAUUCAUUAUUAAUUAAGAAAAAAUAAAAAACAUUUUAUGAUUUGUCUAGAA